CAUUGCUACAGGUGGGAAAGACGAUGCGAUCACAACAAGGAAAUGCUACUGCAUCAUGUGCAUGUGAUGUCAACUAAGUGAAUUUUCCACCAUGCCAGGACUAAUUAAGUUAGAAAUUGGCACCAAUCUAAAAACUGUCCAGACAAACCAGUAAAUAAGCCCCAUCAUUCAGGCAUUGAAGAUACUCAAAAGAUGGACAACUACAAGCUGAAUAUAGCUGUUUUACUAUUGGCCGUGGUGACAACUGCAUCUGUUUUUUCUGCUUUCCUGGUCAUCUAUAGACAUUCACCUUCUGCGUCUGUCAACCACACAUGUAAUGAUCCAUGCAGAUUCUCCCUCAUUGAAACCAUUCCAGAAAACCUCACUUACAAUGGAACAAGUUUGAACCAUCCUUCAAUUUAUGAGAGUUGGAUGGAGUUGAUAAGUGCAGCUAAUGAGAGCAUUGAUAUUGGAGCAUUUUAUUUUACUCUACAGGGCAAAGAUGUUAUGGAAAAUCCAGAUCCUUCAGCAAUCAAUGGUGACACAGUGUUCAAUGGAUUGAAAGAUGCUCUGACAAAGAGGAAGCUGAAAGUGAGGAUUGUUCAGUCCAAGCCAACUGGUGUAAGUCAGGGAAAUGACACUGCUGUUCUGGGUCAGCUAGGUGCAGAUGUUAGAAGCAUAGACUUCCCUAAGCUUGUUGGAGCAGGGAUACUACACACUAAACUGUGGGUUAUAGAUAAUAAACAUUUUUAUGUUGGAAGUGCCAACCUUGACUGGAGAUCUCUUGCUCAGGUGAAAGAACUGGGCACAGUCACAUAUGACUGUCCCUGUCUUGCUGCAGACAUAGCUAAGAUAUUUGAAGCUUACUGGGCAAUGAGUGCACCAGAUGCUGAGAUACCAUCCCCAUGGCCAGACAACUAUGAUACUAUAUAUAACAACCGAACCCCUGCAGAAGUGAAGUUGAAUGGGAAAGACCAGGCCAUGGUGUACUUAUCUAGCUCCCCACCUCAGUUCUGCCCUGCAAGUCGUACCACAGACAUUGAUGCUAUUCUAGAUAUCAUCAACAAACCUCAGAAAUUUAUAUAUAUUGCAGUGAUGGAUUAUUUUCCCACUACGCUGUAUCUCCAUCCCAACAGAGCCUGGUUUGUGAUAGACAAUGCCCUGCGUAUUGCAGCAUAUGAGAGGAAUGUUGAGGUGAGAGUGUUGGGCAGUUGGUGGAAUCACACACAACAUUCUAUGCCAUAUUUCUUGGAGUCCUUGAAAUUAUACAGUAGACAUAUUCAAGUGAAACUCUUUAAAGUUCCAGCCUCUGUAAAGCAGGCCAAGAUUCCAUAUUCUCGUGUAAAUCACAAUAAAUAUAUGGUCACAGAGAAUGUGGCUUAUAUAGGUACUUCCAACUGGUCUGGUGACUACUUCAUUGACACAGGAGGCAUAGGGUUUAUUGUCAACCAGACUUCAAAUUCUGCCAACAGUUCUAUACCACAACAGCUGAAGGCCAUAUUUGACAGGGACUGGAAUUCCAGUUAUUCUCAUCCUGUUACAGACCACAUGAAAAUAUAGUUGUUGACAGCAUUGAUUGAGAUAUCAUUUGGCUGAAAUAUUUUAUAUUGUAAUUAGUGACGGUUGCAAUUGACUAUGCAAGAAUUCUCAUUCUGUAAGACCUAGAUAUCCUGAAAUUUUUACUUAUAACCAUGGCCAGUACAGGAACUUCAGAUAAUCCAAAAACAGUUCUUUGAGGUUGAUAAUUGGAACUCUUUGCUUGAAUAUUCUAUAAAAACAAGCAAUAAUCAUUGUUAAGAAAUCCUUAAUCAAGAAGCAGUUGCAGAUAAUCUCUAUUUUUUGUAUUAAACAAAUUUGAUACUGUUUUAUAGUUUCCAUCUCAGGGUGAAUGAUGGUAUGCAAAUUUAAUAUUUUUAACAGAUAAAUAAAACCUGUAAUGUGAAUUGUUUGUCAUGCUGUGGAGCUUUGAUUGUUGAUGUAUAUAAUUAUUGUGUAAAUUAACUUGUGAUUUUGUUUGGCUUUGUUUAAAAUUGUUUACAUCAAGGUUGUUAGCAGGUGGAACCUCAUGAAAAGGCUGGGCCAUGAAACUUUCACUACUAAUAAAAAAGUU